AUGCCUAGCUCUGAUCUUUCCCUCGUUUCUCCUUUCCUUCAUAGCAAUUUGUCUGUGGUGCAGAUUGCCCGGCUCUUUCAAGCCAUUGUGGAGCUGCGCGAGCAGUCCCUCGUGGCUGGGGAGAAUACUCUGAGACUGCGGGGAGAAAAUGUGGAGCUGCGGCAUAAUUUGGAGGAUAUGUGGAGACAUGGAUCUCCACUUGUUCCGCGGGGACACGGGAAGGUAGGGAUGGACUUGGAGUGCCUCCGCGCCCAUUCUCUGCCUUCUCUCAAGGACCUAAAGCAGCAGUUGCUGAACCUAGACCUCCGCCUUGAGCCCCUGGAGUACACUAUGCGGCGCGCUACUGUCGAGGGGAGGCGACAGGACGAGGGUACUACCAAUGCUGAGCAAGGGUGGAGUGUCUAG